CCCCUAGUCGGUGUAGCCACACCUUCCCCUCUCCGCGGUCGAGACCCUCGCCUCCUCAGCAGCGGUCCUUCUGUAGCCUAGCCCUCUGUUUCCGGGCGGGUGGAGUCAAAAUCGUGGGGUGCCAGCACCCCGGCUUCGUCUCCCUUUUACCGGUUCCCACCUCGGAGUCGGGGCGCAGGAAGGAGCCUGAGUGCUACAGGCAGGGCCAGAUCACAGACCCCAGAGCCAGGAGGAGUGAGAACCCUGACCCCUAACCCUACUUCAUCCAGCCAAUAGGAGCCAAGUCACCAUGGCAGAGCUGCGGGAAGUGCAGAUCACGGAGGAGAAGCCGCUAUUGCCAGGGCAGGCACCCGAGGUGGCCAAGGAGGCUGAGUUAGCUGCCCGAAUCCUCCUGGACCAGGGACAGACUCACUCUGUGGAGACACCUUAUGGCUCUGUCACUUUUACUGUCUAUGGCACCCCCAAACCCAAACGGCCAGCGAUACUCACCUACCAUGAUGUGGGACUCAACUAUAAAUCCUGCUUCCAGCCGCUGUUUCAAUUUGCGGAUAUGCAGGAAAUCAUUCAGAACUUCGUGCGGGUUCAUGUGGAUGCCCCUGGCAUGGAAGAGGGGGCUCCCGUGUUCCCUUUGGGGUAUCAGUACCCAUCUCUGGACCAGCUUGCGGACAUGAUCCCUUGCAUCCUGCAGUACUUAAAUUUCUCCACAAUAAUUGGAAUUGGUGUUGGAGCUGGGGCCUACGUCCUGUCGCGAUACGCUCUUAACCACCCUGAUACCGUCGAGGGUCUUGUCCUCAUCAACAUUGAUCCCAACGCCAAAGGCUGGAUGGAUUGGGCAGCCCACAAGCUAACAGGCCUCACCUCUUCCAUUUCGGAGAUGAUCCUUGGACAUCUUUUCAGCCAGGAAGAGCUGUCCGGAAAUUCUGAGUUGAUACAAAAGUAUAGAAAUAUCAUUGCACAUGCCCCCAAUCUGGAUAACAUUGAACUGUACUGGAACAGCUACAACAAUCGCCGAGACCUGAACUUUGUGCGUGGAGGCGAUAACACCCUCAAGUGCCCUGUGAUGCUGGUGGUAGGAGACCAAGCACCCCACGAAGAUGCAGUGGUGGAAUGUAACUCAAAACUGGACCCCACCCAGACUUCCUUCCUCAAGAUGGCUGACUCUGGGGGGCAGCCCCAGCUGACUCAGCCAGGCAAGCUGACCGAGGCCUUCAAGUACUUCCUGCAGGGCAUGGGCUAUAUGGCCUCAUCCUGCAUGACCCGCCUGUCCCGGUCUCGCACGGCCUCGCUGACCAGUGCGGCAUCCAUUGAUGGCAACCGCUCCCGCUCCCGUACCCUGUCCCAGAGCAGCGAGUCUGGGACUCUCUCUUCAGGGCCCCCGGGGCACACCAUGGAGGUCUCCUGUUGAAUGACCCUUGUUGCCCUGGUGUGGGACCCAGCCCUCACCUCCCCUAGUACUAACCUGGGAGGUGCAUAGGGCACUGGGCCCAAGUGAGCACAGGAAGCUGGGCAGAUCAUGUGGGGAGAUGACCUUGAUCUUUGAUUGCUACCCUAACCUUGACCUCUAACCUGUGAUUUCCCUCAGCUCCUGGGAGAGAUGUCCUAAUAUCUCUUAGGGACCCAGACCCCUAAAUGAUCCCUCUCCUUCAUCUUGGUGUUAAGGCGGAGAAGGCAUGUAUCCCUGCUCCCUAAUCUGGGUGUCUGUAGCUAAGGGACAAGAGGUUGUAGAAGUUGUCCGUGGUGACUCCCCCAGACUCUCCCUCCUUAUCCCAGAUUGCAAGGGUAAGGGGCUCCGGGCUGGGGCUCCACUCACCAAAGCUGACAUGGUGUCACAUUAAUCCUUCAUGCCUCUGAAGGGCGCGGGCCUAAAUGAAUGUUUGACAGGGGAGAACUGCUGGUGGGUUAGUGGUCCUCAGGACCACCACAGAAACAUUCAGUGUGGAAAUGGAAGUUGGAAUGGGAGGUGGUGGGCGGUGAACAAGUGUGAUGGAAGGACUGGAGCUGGGCAGUAGGAAGGGGACUGGGGCCGUUGGCUGCUCUAACUUUGGUAGCUAUCUAGACAGCGUGUGUCUAGAG